AUGAUCAGAGACACUUGCCAAUUACCUCCACAUCAUCAUCAAUAUCAAUAUCAAUAUCAAUAUCAACUCAUUUUUACAAAGAGAGAAGAAAUGGCAGCUGUAGAUAAUUCAUAUAUCGAUAUACACUUGGAAUCAAUCCAAGAGGAAAAUCAUUCUUGUAAUAAUAAUAAUAAUACAAAUAAUAAUAAUAGUAGUAGUUGUAGUUCAUUCUCAACUCCACCUCUUCCAACUGCAAGAAGAGUUGUUAUUCCCAAGGUACCAUGCAAGAGAAUUGGUAAUUACUUAAUAGGAAAAACUAUUGGUUCUGGAACUAGUAGUAAAGUUAAAAUCGGAACUCAUGUUAUCACUGGAAAACGUGUGGCCGUCAAAAUCACAAAACCAAAGCGUGUCAAGGAGAGAAAGGAGAUUGAACGUGAAAUAUCCAUCCUCAAGCUCCUCAAGCACAACCAUAUCAUCCAAUUGUUUGAAGCCAUCUAUGAAGAGGAUCGUGGACGUAUCUGUCUAGUGUUAGAGUACAUAUCCGGAGGUGAAUUGUUUGACUAUAUCGUCGCCAGAGGCAGACUAAGUGAAAAGGAAGCAAGAAAAUUCUUUCGUCAAAUUCUAAGUGGACUUAUAUAUUGUCACGAAAACAUGGUCUGUCAUAGAGAUUUGAAAUUAGAAAAUAUUUUAGUUGAUGAUGAAGGAAAUAUUAAAAUUAGUGAUUUUGGAUAUAGUAAUAUUAUUAGACCAGGAUGUUUAAUGUCAACAUUUUGUGGAUCACCCGUUUACGCACCUCCAGAAAUUUUAUUGGAAAAGAAAUAUAAUGGUAAUGAAGUUGAUAUUUGGAGUAUUGGUGUCAUCCUCUACUCAAUGGUCACUGGUCAAUUACCUUGGAGCCUUACCGAUGGUGUCCAAGUAGAAGGUUUGGAUAGAUUGUUAAAGGGUGAAUUUAAAUAUCCCUCAAAUGUUUUAUUAACCAAUGAGGUAAAAGAAUUAAUUAAUAGAAUGAUAGUAGCAAAUCCAGCUCAAAGAAUUAAAUUGUCCGAAAUUAAAAAUCAUAGUUGGGUAAACAAGGGUUAUGAUAUGACUCCCGACGACGAAUACAAUGCCAAGAACCAAAAGAACAAUAGUUAUAGUAACCCCCUAUCAGAAUGUGUUGACGAAAACAUGCCCAUUCUUAUCGAUGCCGCUCAGAACCGCUACGUCAAGGUAUCGAAAAACAGCUCGUUGUACGCCAGCACACCAAAUCUCAUGCCAAACCUCCCCUCACCAAGAGGAGCCUCCAUCUCUGUAAAUAGUGCACCUUGUGGAAGCCCGAUGUUGAGCGGCUCCAGCUCGCCAACUCUUACCACUCCACCCCUCUCACCCAUCGCCAUGAACUCAUCCACCUCCAACUCUACCAUCAGCAGUCCGUCGUCGACCAGCUCGAAAAUCAGUCUUUUCCACGGCCUCUUUAAAAAGAAACAACUCACCCGUCUCUCAUCGUCCAACAAUGGCGCCGACGCUGACCAACAAUGCAACAACUGUCCGUCAUGCAACAGCAGCACGUCAGCCACCACCUGUCAGUCGUCGACCAGUGCCAACACCACCCCAGGUGGUCCAUCAUCACCCAAGGGUUCCUCGGGUUCUUCUGGCGCCAGCUCUCCCACCUUUAACUCUUCCUAUAAUAAUUUAGAAUUCAACAAUAGUCCAUCUUCACCAUCAUCAUCAAGUUCAAGUUCAAGUUCAAGCUCGGCUUCAUCUGGUAAUGGUGGAUGUUGUCAUCAUCAACAGCAACAACAACAACAACAACAACAACAACACAAACAACAAAGAAGAUUCAGUCUUGAAGAUAUCUUUAAGGCCAUCAAAGGAAAGAGUAAGAGUAAAACGGAAAAAUUGAGAAAAAUCAAGGGUCCUUUUACACAUGGCACUACCACCUCGCUCUCUCCAGCCGACAUUAUCAUCCAAAUCGAAAACUUGUUGCAGUCACUAGGCAUCAAAUACCAAACCAAUGGAUUUGUAUUUGAAUGCAAAAAUGAAGAUCAAAAUGAUAUAGUCAUUUUAGAAAUCGAAAUAUGUAGAGUAUCUGGUAUGGAUUUGUUUGGUCUAAAAUUUAGACGAACAUGUGGACAAUUGAAUAGCUACUCGUCAGUUUGUAAAUUAGUUAUUGAAUCUUUACAACUUUAA